AUGAUCGAUGAAAAGAAAUUUGAUUUUGGUCUUGAUCAGUCCACAGCGAGCAAUGGGCUAUUCACCGUCAUAGAGAGGAAACCCCUCUCGUCACUAGAAAACAACGAAAGCCUGAACCUGAGCAACCUGAGUGAUCCCCUGUGCAAUUCGACUGAUGGGGUAAAUAAAAAGACAAAGGAUUACACCACCCAGAACACUGAUAAUAUCUGUGAAAUAUAUCGCCUGAACAGUUCGCAACUUCUAAAUGAUCAGCUAGAAAAUGCACUCAGUAGAAUCAGUUACGUGGACGAUGACGUAUCCUCCUUUUACGAUUCGGAAAAAGAAGAUGAAUUCUAUUUCGAUAACGACAUUUCUACGCUGGGAUCAUGUUAUUCCGUUUCUAGUCCCACCAAAAUAAGUAAAGGAAAAAAAGUAAGAACCAGUGUCGUUGGAUCUGUUUCUAAAAGGUAUACUGGUGGAAGGGGUUCAGAUGGGGAAAGGAGAAAACAUAGCCCCUUUUUCGAUUCCACUUUUCAAAAUGAAUCUCCUGUCAAUGUUAAUCAGAUGGGAAAAAAUCGAGAAGGUAGAGAAGAUCACAGUAAAUACGAAGAAGCAUACAGUCGUGAUGAGAGAAGAACAAGAUUAGCUACUAUGGAUGCAUCGAAUGAAUCCCUACAAAAUGAUGAUAAUAGCGAUGAGGAAACUGAACUUCAAAAGCAAAAGUAUAAGGACGAAAUGGAUCAAUCGGAAAAUAGCAACGACGAGAAGGCCAUUCGUCUGAACAAAAAUGUAUAUAGAAUUGUGAACAUAAGAAAAGACGGGGGUGAUGAUAAGGAAACUGUCAUCAGGAGGAUAGCACAGUUGAGAAAAAGUAUGAUGAGGGAGAAACAUGCAGAUGUUGAGAAUGAUGGGGAUUACGAAGAAGGGGAGUCUCCGUCUCAGUACGAUUCAGUGUGGAAUUUAUCGAAAGUGAAGGAACUGCGCAUGGGCAAAGGGGAGCCUCCCAAGGGGGUAUUCGAGGAGAAUAUCCAAGGAGAAAGAAGCCACAACAGAUUUAGCGAAGGCCAUUAUUUGAGAAAGGAUAUUAAGCUCUCUCGGUACAACAGUGACAGAGGGGUAAAAUAUAUAGAGGCGAAGGAGCAGGGGGGAGAUAUUUACAUGCAGAGCGAUCGGGGUGGAGAGAACUAUGACGAAAGAAACUACCAAGAUGAAUCGUCCCACUACAGUUACGAGCACAUCGAAGAAAUCGAACCAAAGGGUAACGUAGAUUUUAAGAAGAGAAAAAAAUAUAUGUUCCUUCCGAAGCAACCCGGACAGGGCAAUGGUGGUGAUGCUCAAAAAUGCGUGAGCAGUGAGAACCAAGAUGGAGGGAAUCAGAACUACCUUCAUGAAAAGGGAUUGUACGAGAAGAAACAUAUUAGGAGUAGUAGACCGUUUGCAGAUAUGCCGAACGGUAUAGUCUUGGGGGAGGCGUCAUUCCAAGGGAGCGAGGCGAAUAUGGAUCUAACUGGUAGCACAGACGGAGGGAUGGACCAUGUUGAGAAAGAAGCCUUUCAAAAUGAAGGAACCCCCGUGCGUGGUCGAUACGGAGAGGGCCACAUGAGGAACGCGCGAAAGGGGGGAGAAAGGGGCGAAGGUGAAAAUGCAAAUCAUCGUGCUUAUCGUUUCCAUCAGUACAGUGGCAUCGCAAAAGGAUACCAUCGCGUCGCGCGCGUAAGGAGAGACACCGGAUUUGAUGCAGAUGGAAAUGCGAACAUCGCAGGGGAUGAUAGGUAUGGAAUGGACGACUCAAACCAUUUAGAAAUAAAAAAGGAAGUUAAUAAGAGAAUGCAUCAUGUAGAUCAGCCGAACAGACAAGAGUACAUGCACGAAAAAGAGUACCCAUCACGAAGCGUACAAAUGAAUGGGCAUGAUAAAGCACAGAAGGGGAAGUAUCCAUAUAUGAACUACCCCUAUGAUGAUGAAGACAUGGCGCGUGUUAAGGAGGAUGAGUUAUUUGCAGAUGGUGUGUAUCCAGCGCGUGACAUGCAUUCAUGUGAAGAAGGGGUUGCAACCACAUACUUUAGAAGUGCGCACAGUAGGGGUUACAAAAAGGUGCGCGGAGAGGAGGAUCAUGAUGGUGGUGAUGAGCGGAUGCAUGUGAAUGAUGGCAGAAUGGACGAAGAGGCGAAUUAUGAGAAGGGCAUGUAUCGAAAUAGGAGGUACCCAAUGGGUGUGCGUGGGGCGAACCGAGGUCGGAUGGAGGAUCCUUAUCAUCACGUGGAGGAGAAUUCGUUUACUAAGUAUUGCGAAGGCCCCAGUUCUAGUAGCCCCCACCGGUAUCAUCGAAGUGAAUACAUAAGUAGGGUGAAUCCGUCCUAUCGAAGACAGGGUUCGAGCGAGAACCAGAUAAGUACAUAUCCUCGUGGGGGAAAUAGGAUGUACGACGAAAGGCAAAGUGGUGAUGAUCACGAUAGUGACGACAGACCUGAUUCGUAUGGCGGAGCGUAUACCUCGGUUCUACCCCGGGGGGCACAGUACCCAAACGACUACUACAGUGGUAAGCGUGCGCACCGAAGGUUGAGCAGUGAUUCUAAUGGAGUACAUCAUGCGGCCAAGCAUUACCAAAGCGGGUACCGUCGUACUCAGGGUCGAAGUAACUAUGAAGGGGAGGAGUAUUACGAUGGCGAUUAUUACGAUGGCGACUAUUAUGAUGAGGAGUACCAUCCUCACGGGGGAUCACCACCAGAUCAGGCAGAUUAUUAUUACCCACGUACUAUGUCAUAUGAUGAGUACGAACAGUCGCGGAUAAACGAUGGUGAAAGGAAUGUUUUUUCGAAGAAGAGCCCUCCAGGGAGUCAAAGUGGUAGCAAGCCAUACUAUGAUGAAGAAGGAGUGAAUGAGAAGAAUGGAUAUCUAGCCAAUGUAGCUUAUCAGAAAAGUGAAGGUAACCAUUGCACCUUCGAUGAGCAGAGGACACGUCUAAAUAAAAAUGACAUAGAUAGUGAGGGAAAGAAGGUUAACUUAACAGGGGAGAGUGCCUCCACGAUGGUAGUUGGUGCUCAUGUGUUGACGGAAAAAUCCACGCACUCUUUAGGGGAUGGUAAGGAGAAUGUAACUGGGGUGGUUUUGCAGAAUACAGGAGGAGAAGUUAGUGAAGCCGCGCAAAUGCGCCCUCCCACUGGGGACACAAGUAUUCCUAAUGAGAAUGCUACCAAUGUUAGUAGUGCAACGAUGGUUGGAAAUGCCCUCCCGCCCCAUAUGGUCACACAGAGUACUACUCAGGGCAUUCCACCGAACGUGGAGGUAUGCCAGCCACCACCACAACCACAGCAAUCACAACCACAACAACAACCAACACAACCAACACAACCAACACAACCAACACAACCAACACAACAAGCGCAACCACCACAAUCGCAAGCGCCGGUGAAGAGGAAGCGGGGCAGACCCAGAUUGAAGAAAACGACGACCCCGUCGGAAGAGGCCCCAUCGAACGAUUCCCAAAGCAACGUAUCAGCGGCGCAGGCAGUGCCCCUUCCCACUUUACAGCAGAAUAACCAAACGGGUGUCCCCGCCAGUGGUCAUAGCGGUAACAUAAACAGUGAACAGAACCACCUCCCCCCCCUUUACAACAACAUGGGUUCUGUCAUUAACCCUGUUUAUAGCAACCACAUGGGUAAUCCCAAUGCGCACCUUCAAAUAGCAAUGGAACAAGCCCCGAGUUACCAGUUAGGAGGAACCACCCAGGUCCUAGGGCAACUACUUGGGCAGCCACUUGGACAGGUGCAUGGGCAAGCGCUUGGACAGACGGCGGGGCAUCAACUGGCGGAUCCGCACAAUCCCAUGAACCACCUAAACCAGAUGAACCCCUUGGGUGCACAGAUGACGCAGCAGAUGGGCCUUCCUGUAGGACAACACCUGAACCCACAAGUGGGCAGCCAUAUUAAUCACCAGAUAGGGCAGCAUCUGAGCCAGAUGCACACGCACAUGAACCCGCAACUGAGCCAGCAACUGAACCAGCAGAUGAACCAGCAUAUGAACCAACACAACGGCUACCUCCUCCAAAACAGAACGGACAAUCACUUCGGUGCAGACAUCAAUGGAGACAAGUACGCGGCAGCAUACGGAUCCUUCGAACCAGAUGUUGCAAAUCAUCUAGACCCCAAUUUCUGUAACAGGAACUUUGAACAGGGGAGAAGCAUUAGGGAAAAUCACUCGUACGAAGGAGACAAGGGAGAAUAUCAAACGAAUAGAAGAAGGAUAAGCAGAUCGAAUGGAAGUGGGUCGGAUGAAAGGAACUCAGAGAAAGAAAUAAAAAAGGUACAGAAAAGACGAGGGAGAAGACGAAAAAAUGAAGUGGAACAAGGAGAUACACAUUAUAAAAGAAGCAACAGUAGUAGCAAUCAAAGCAACAUGAACCAUGUGGAAACCAAGUCGGUGGACUCGUAUAGAAACAAGUCCAACGAUGACAGCAACUCCAUGAGUGAGCACAGAGCGGACCAGGAUUUCUCCACAUUUGUGGACGAGAACAACAAGACCCUUUCGUACAGAGUCGCCUAUAAUCCCGCGGACACGGUAUGGGAAAGGCUGUCCGGCGUCAAGAUCGGCCCAUUGAUACUGACGGCCCAAAGCAGAACGACGAAUGUCAUUUUGGCGAAAAACAGAUCCAUCGAGCUUGGCAACAUAAACCACAACCUCAUAUAUGGCUACAUUUACAAAGGCGACAACGUCAGACUAACCAUCGGAAAGGAGACGAAAUCCGUGAAGACCGGCUCGCUGUUCUUCCUACCGAGCUACAAUUACUGCAGCAUACAUAACGAUGACAGCCUUGGGACCGCCAAAAUAUUUUUAUGCUUUGUUUACUUGAGCGACGUUAUCUGA